UAAGCAACAAAUUAAAUUUAAAGUUUGACCCUGUUUUACUUUUUAUUUUCUUCUGGAUUCGGUUCCAAUUAAGUCUGAGCAAUUAAAUUUUAAUAAGGUUAGGUAAUAUUUAACUUGUUUCUAUAUGGUAAUUUUUGCGGGCUUUAGUCAAACACUUUAAUAUAAAUCUCGGUUUACUUCGGUUUGGGUUGCGGAAUUGUUGGUGAACAAAACACUCAUGUUCGGUUAGUGUCUCUGACCGGUAAAUCUUUAUAAAUACUUGGCAAGAAAACUGUUUUCUUCUACCUCAAGAAGCCGAUCUCCUUCUCUUUUUUGCUUUUCUAAAAUCUAAGUUCAUUUGCAACGAGCUGAUGAAUAAUAUGAGCAAAAACACAUCAGAGCCUUGUCAGGUAUGUGGAGAUAUCGGCUUCGUGGAUUUAAUAAUGACUUGUUUCUAUUGCAGAGAAGUCAGAGAGCAUACCUAUUGCGCAAAGGUCCAUUUAAUGUCACCCCCAGACAUGUGGCUAUGUGAAGUGUGCAGAUCCUCAGGUCGCGUGUUACAUGUCCCGAGUCUUGUUGACAAAGAUACGAAGGAUUUAACAACCGAUCAUGGUGCUUCAGGCUCAAAGAUCUCUGGCGAAUCCUCUGAGAAAGGAAGUUCAUCGUAUACAUCUCCAAGCAAGACAAACAAACCACCGUUUCUGGCGUUUCCUUCUCCAAAGAGAAAACGCAGGACGCCUCGAGUUCCAGUUGAUCCUGAAGAAGCUGACGAUCAAGGACCAGGUGUUACACCGCCUUCGUCUAAGUGAGUGCACCUGCGAUUAGGGUUAUCAGAGUUCUAGUUUCCUUGGGAUUCAAGUUACUUACCGGCUAUGUGAGGUUGGACUUCAACUUCAUCGUCAUGUGACGUCCUCUCAUUGACAUUAUUUCUUUGUUACUCUGCGGUCCUGCUUAUGUUUGAGUUUGUUUUUAUUUAAUUUUCAUCAUAAUAAAAGUUUUAAUACUCUAAUUUGUGUGUGAAUCAUCAUUUAUAUUUAUGGAUAGUGAAUGCUGAUAAAAAAAAAGUCUGUUUUGUAUACUUUGAGCCAAAACUAUUAUUUAAAAAUUAACCGCGCUUUAUCUUAUUUCAAAGAAUUUUGUGUAACGACCUUUUAAAUUUUCGCGGUUUUUAUUAGUAACCGUCGUAUAAACUCUACAAAUAUAUUAUAAUGGUAAAAUUUUGCAUAUUCACUUAGAUUUAGACAAAAGCAUAUGUAACUUUUUUACCUAUACUAUUAUUUAUGGUAUAGUAAUUGAUUUCGUCAUAAUAAUUAUUUUUGUAAAAAUAUUAAUUACCUUUUUGGUCAACAUAUUACUUUCUUAUUUAAAUAGAAAUUUCCUAAGAAUGAUAUUUCAUAUUUAAGAGCUUCAUUACAACAACCAUGUUCUUAUAUAAGUAAUUAAAUAUAAUCAGUGAGUAAAAUUGGUGAUGUUUUAGCUUCAAAAUGUUUUUUUCUCAAUUAAUUGAACGAUUAGGUACAUUUUUUUUUGAAACACGAACUAUUAGGUACAUAUAGAUUGCAUUAUGUCAUCUUAUUUAUUAACCUUCUCAUCAAUUUAACGAUUAAAUACACAUUAAUAUAUUGCCUGAUUUAAUAAUAUUUACAUUGCAUUUAUAUGCCAUAAAUCAUAUAUUUAAGUAUUAUUAAUAUAUUUAAGUAUAAUAAAUAUAACUAUCAGAUAUUUAAGUAUUAUUAAUGGAGAAGUAACAUGUGUGUCAACAUAUUAAUUUCUCUUUAUUGAUUUCAAGCAUUAGGCACAUGUCUCAACUCAUUUAUUUUUAUACUAGAUUAAGACCCGCGCCUUGCGCGGGAUGAACAUUAUAUAUAAAUUAUUUUUACAUGUUAUAUAUUUUUUUACAUAUUAUUAAAUAAUAAAUAAAAAUUGAAUAACUAAGAAUUCAGUAACAAUUACAUAUAUGAUUAAAUUGGAGCAAACACAUAAAAUAAAUUUUUAUUAAUUCAAACAAACACUUUUAUUUUAUUUUAUACGGUAUAUGUUUAAAUUUAAAUGAUAUUAACGUAGAUAUAUAAUAUAUUUUAAUAUUGAUAUCUAUUAAAAAAAUUUAUACUCAUAUUAUUUUUGUUCAUUUGUAUCCUUUUAUAAAAAAAACUUUAAAUCGACAACAUAAUUUUUAUUAUGGGAUAUUUAAUAAUUAUAAUAAUUUAUAAUUUAAAAAAAAUCAAUGUACAGUUUUAAGUUUCAAUAUUAAGUUAUCAAUAUUUGUCAAAACUUUUAUCAAAAAAUAAAUUUCAAAGAAAAUUUUGAAAUUAAAAUACUUAUGUACUUUUAUAUGGUAUAUAAUUUAUUUCAAACAAUAUUAGCAUAUAAAUAUAUACACUUCUUUUUUUCUUAAUAUUUAUUAAAUGAGACUUCCAACUUAUAUGAUUUUCUAAUAAUUUGUAUAUUGUCAUAAUAAAAAUUUUAAACUAUGUAUAAUCAAAAUUUUAAAUGUGAGAUUUUUAAUAGUUUUAGUAAUUUUAAAUAUUUAUGUACUUUUAUAUGGUAUAUAAUUUAUUUUAAACAAUAUUAACAUAUAUAUAUACACCUCUUUUAAUCUUAAUAUUUAUUAAAUGAGACUUUGUACUUGUAUGAUUUUAUAAUAAUUUGUAUCUUGGCAUAAUAAAAAUUUUAAACUAUGUAUAUCACAAAUUUCAACGUGAGACUUUUAAUAAUUUUAGUAAUGUAUAGUCGUUUUCAAAAUUUAAUAUAUAACAUAUAUGAAAAAAUCUAAUUUUUAUUAUAUAGUGGUUGUUUAAUUUAUUUUAAUAAGUUAAAAAAAUGAUAGAAUAUACACUAAUGUUAUCAAAUCUUUAUUAUUCAAAAUUAUUAUUUGUCAUAUAUACUUUAGCCUCAUUAGGUAAAUCCGUAAUUUUUAUUUUCAAAAUAAUGAAAAAUAUUAAUAAUUAAUAUAUGGUUAGUUUAAUAAAAAAAUUAUUAAAUUUUUGGAUGGACCACUUCAAAUGUAAUAAUUAUUCUCUUUAAAUAUAUAAGGGAUAAUAGGAAAAACGAUGUAACUACAUUUACAUCUUGAACAGAUUACUUGCCGUAUAUUUCUUCGGUAAAUCUUUGCAUUGAUUAUCAUAUUUACGUAUUCACAAAGACCAAUUUAAAAAUCUUUAUGAGUUAUUUCCUUAUCUUAAGAGUAAAUUACGGACAUAAAUUUAUGUUCUUUUAAGAUUGAGUUGUUAGACUUGUAAGUGGCUAUGGAAAACCGUUCGUUUAAAUGACAACUUCUGAAUUCAAUUACAAAAUCAUGUUUCUAUAAUCCAUAAGAAAAGCUGAAAAUCAGAACGAAAACAACCCAAGUCUAGGACUCUAAGUUAAUAUUUCAAUGGCCUCGUUAGUUAACUAUCCAUCUGUGAUACUGGACAAAUCGUUUUAAUAAUUUUUAGAUUUUGAUAAAGUCUCUAGUAAAUUUAGCUAUUGCAAUGGCCUAACAUAGCAGAAUUGAAAACUUAUUUCGUUAUAUAAUAUUAAGAAUUGUGUUUGAUACUUUUGUUCUAUGUGUUUCAGACUACGUGUUCUAUGUCUUCAUUUUACCAGUUCAGUAGUGAUUCAAUCGUUUGAUAUAUCUUAUGACUUUCUACUUGGCCAUGACAACUGAUAUUGUUUUUGUGGAAGUUAUAUAAUGGAAAAUUUCUUCUGCAGGUUAUUAAUCGUGAUGGAAGAGUUCUUCUGCAUAUUAAAUAAUGAAUAUAUGUAGUUUAGAAUCAUGUGUGUAAACACAUAUGGGAAUUAGAAUAAAAUCAAAUGAUACGUAUGUUUAUAAGUGUUACACACAUUUUAUUUACAUUAAUGUUAUACCAAUGGCAUUGUUAGUAAUUACUCUAGAUAUGAAUGGGUAUAUGUAAAAGGGGGCUGAGAAGAGCUCUUGUGCUGACACAUCAGCAUAAUGGCAUUUCUGUGAAUAUAUUACAUUUUAAAGGUUAGUCUUAAAAAUUGCUUCUCUUUUAAUAAUAAAGGGAUAAUCUGGAGCAAUAAACACACAAACAUACUCCCUUUGUUUCAUUAAGAUACAUGUUUUUAAAAAUGUUUCAAAGGAUACAUUUUUAAAAUUUUAAUGCAUUUUUUUGUUAAUUAAUAAUGACUCAUUGUAAAUUUCAAAAAAAAUAAUUGCAUUUAUUGAAUUUUCAAUGAUUUAAAAUUAUGGAAAAUAGAUAAUUACAAAAAAAUAAAUAUUUAAUAUUAAAAAUUAAUAUGUUUUAUUAAUAUGUGUAAACAAACUAAAAUAUGUAUUAUAUUGAAACAGAGGAAAUAUAUAGUGACAACAUUGUCAUAAUGUUAUUAUCCAUUUUUAUGCAACCGAUAAAACUUUGGAUUGAACUUUGUAGACUAUUUCUUGAUCUUUAAUAUUUUUUAAUCUAGAUUUGUUACACAGGAACCAUAUUGGAUUAAAUCCAAUUUUGUUACCAGUCGAGAUGUAAAAUGAGUAUUAUCAAAUGAUAUUUUUGAAAGCUUACAACCACCAUUUUCGAAAACUUCUCCUUUAUCCUUAAAGUGUCAAUAUCUUUGUUUUCAAAACCUCUAAUCAAAGUCUCUCGUUUUUUUUUUUUUUUAUAAAUUCAAUAAGUUUUUGCCCGAAACUUAUACAUAAUAUUUUUGGGCAAAGACCAUAAUCGGUUGCUAAAUCCGUUCUCCUAGCUGCUGAGACUCUGAACUUUAUAUCAAAAUCCUUAAAGCAUGAGAAUUUAUCACCAAGGAUAAGUGGAUAACUGGAUAACAGUUCCGAGUUAAAAUAUUUUAUUUUUGCAUAAACUUCAUUAAAACAUCCAAUUUACAGCACUGAAACUUAUAAAAGAUGAGCCUACAACUUCAACUAUGAUGGCCAAUGGCCCAAUGCCAAUUGCUAAAACCUAAAACAAUUGUGCUGAUUGGUUCGACUGUGGCUUAAAAAAUUUAGCUGUAGAUGUUUAGCUGUAGAUAAAUUGGUUGUAGCUGUAAAGUUGUUACUGUAGACUUUUUCUGCAGCGACUUUUGGUGUAGUUAAAUUUGUUGUAGCUGUAAGUUAUAGGCUGUAGAUAUUUUAAAAUAAAAUAUAUAAAAUAUGUGUUGUAUAUAUAAAAUUAUUAUUUUAUAUGAAUUAAAACAAUUUAUACUAAUAUUUGUUUUAUAAAUUAUUAAAAUUUUUUGU